GCAAAUAUAAAAGACGAGAGGCGAUGUUGUGCACACAUACAACGUUGGCCUUACAGGUCAGUCAGUGACCACCGCCGUCACCGACAUCAUCCAUCCACGAGACGUAUGCUCACCACCAUCCACUACAAGAGGAGCAUCUAGGACCUAAGAGUUUUCGAUGUCUCCCGCAAGGCUACGCCAGUGUCCCGCCAUGAAGUCCACAUGUCUUUUCAUCCUGGCUUCUGUCCUGGUUUGCAACUUGAAGAUGGUAUGUAGAGGACAGAGCAUAUCUGUUGAGGAGGAGCCGGACCAGAGGACUGUAGACGAUUUGCUUCACCAUGGAGCAGAGAGCCUUCUACUGCGUUCUAUCCUGCAAAAGAUGCAGGGAGAAGAAGACGGAUAUGAGGGACUUUCUUCUCAACCAGAAUGGGUAACAAAGCGGCAGCAUCCAGGCAAGAGAUACAGCGAGUCAUCCGAUGACGGUGAUGAAGAGUACUUGAGCGUGGAAAGGAGACAACACCCGGGCAAACGCGACGAAGACAUGCGCUCGCUGCUGGAGCUGCAAAAAAGGCAACACCCGGGGAGGCGCUCCACAAGCGGACACCUUUCCGGCGCCCCCAUCAUCGUCCUGGGUGAACUUUCCAAGCGGCAGCACCCAGGCAAGCGCAACUCGGCGUUACGCAGCCGGCGCCAGCACCCCGGUAAGCGGCAGGAAGAAGAAGGAGAUGAGGAGGAGGAGUACCGCACAGAGUUGGACAAGCGUCAGCACCCCGGGAAACGGUUUUGGGAUCAUUCGGAUCCAGAUUUUGCCACCGUGAGUCCGUGUGAAGGCGUUUUGGACCCUAUGAGAUGCGCCAAGACGAAUCUGAUUCUCGAUUUUUUAGACAACAUGAGUGUGAAGCACACCGAGGAGAAGAGACAACACCCGGGGAAAAGGUUUGCACCCGGGGAGGAUUUCGUGGACGGAGAGUAGAGUCGUUAGAAUUUGUAAAAUCAUAUAAAUGUCUAUGUAACUUAGAAUGUAAACAACGUUAGCCGCGUUUCCUUUUGUGUUAAAUCCUGUUUUUUGGAGAACUUGUGGAUAAAUGUAAUACUUGUAGGACUGUAAAUUAAAGAGUGAGUGUUGGGUGGAUGAUUCAUCAGGAAUUAUCAUAAUUAUUGACUGAUUCGUCAUAUAUAUUUUUUGUUUUUUUUUGUCCACAAUGAUGCUGACAAGGCGUGUCUCUGUGAGGCAUCCCUGUCGGAAUGGAUGCAUUGAGAAAUAGAACAAGUUAUUUUAUUUACUUUCUAUUUAGAAAUGUAAAUGCUAAUAAAUACAAUGCAAAUAUA